AUGUAUAUAAUAUUUAAUAUUUUGGCUAAAUAUCCGCAAAUCAAACAAUUGAUGCGAAUCGACACUAACUUCAAGUGGACAGUACUGGCACUGGUGGCCAUACAGAUCGUAUCGUUUUAUUUGUUGCGCAAUACCACCUCAUUUUGGCUACUGUUUCUCGUUGGCUACUGUUUCAAUGGCGUUAUCAAUCAUUCGUUAACAUUAGCCAUACACGAGAUCAGCCACAACCAGGUAUUCGGUAAUUGUUAUCCUUUAGCUAACAAAUGGUUCGGUAUUGUGGCCAACCUUCCGAUCGGUAUUCCAUAUUCCGUAUCAUUCAAAUAUUAUCAUAGCUAUCAUCACCGAUAUCUGGGUGUCGAUAGACUAGAUCCGGACACUCCAUCAGAAUUAGAGGCCCGAAUAUUCUCGACCUCAGCCACCAAAGUCUUAUGGAUUAUACUUCAGCCACUGUUCUAUGGUUUGCGACCACAGUUUGUUAAUCCGAAAAUCCUGUCCAAAAUGGAUGUCUGUAAUAUAGUCAUCCAAUUUGGGUUUGACUAUAUAAUUGGCCAGACAUUAGGCUGGCAUAUAGUGGCCUAUAUGGUGGGCAGUUUGUUCAUAACAAUGGGCUUACAUCCGAUGGCCGGGCAUUUUCUAACCGAACACUAUAUUAUGGUUGACAAUAAUAAUGAUGAUAAUAAUUUUAUGGAUAAGCAUAACGAAAAUGCUAUUGAAAACGGUAUUUAUGUUAAUAACGGUCAGUUUCUUGUACCGGACACCUGUUCCUAUUAUGGCUACUGGAAUAUCAUUGCAUUCAAUGUUGGCUAUCAUGUUGAACACCAUGACUUUCCAUCAAUACCGGCCACACUAUUACCAAAAGUCCGUCAAAUAGCACCCGAAUUUUAUGACUCCCUAUGCCAUCACACGUCGUUGUCAACUGUAAUCUGGCAAUAUAUUGUCGAUCCCAAACUGGGACCCUAUGCACGGAUCAAACGUAAGCUCAGGGAGUCUUAA